AUGUCCGCGCCUGGCGGCGCUCCAAGCCCGGCGCCGCGCAGCGGCAGCCUGGGUCCUGGUGCGAAUGGAGGCGGCAUGCCCAUGUCGUCGCAACCACCUUUGUCGGGCACACCGGUGCAUCAGCCGCCUACCCAGGGGCAGAGCAGUCCCAUGUCACAACAAAACUUGAACCAGAUUGUUAUCGACUAUCUGGCCAAGAAAGGCUACAGCCGCACCGAAGCUAUGCUUCGCAUGGAGUCCGCUAACCAAGAGAUUGAUGGACGCCCUCUACCCCCUUUAGGAGAGGAUGCUCGUCCCAAAUUCAAGCAGGGGUUUGACCUACUGAAGACCUGGGUGGAAGAGAACCUGGACCUGUACAAGCCUGAACUGCGCCGUGUUCUCUGGCCAUUAUUUGUUUAUUCGUUUUUGAACAUGAUCACUUCUUUGUACACCAAUGAAGCCAAGCAGUUCUUUGAGGCCAACAAGAAUAUGUUCCUUCCAGAGCACACGGAUGAUAUCCGUAUUCUUGAGCCUAUUAGUCUGCCGGAGCAUGUUCAGGACAAUUCUACCGCUAAGCUCUACCGCGGCAACAAAUACCGUGUUGUCCUGAGUAACCCCGCUUACACGAAUCUCCUUCAGUUCCUUGAAAGCAAAGAGAAAGAGGGAGGCUCCGUGAUGAACGCCAUUUUGAGCAGUUACUGCACUGUUAAAACCAUGGACCGAGCCGCAGACGAUCGUUUCAGCUUUGCUGCAAUGCUGGGCCAAAUUGGGGCCGGUCAAACUUUCCCGGCAGAGGAUGAGGGCAUCCCUGGUCAUCAUCCCGGUUCGGCCUACACCGGUGACAACCCAGCUAUGGCUGGUACUCUGCCACGACUUCGACUUGGAAAGAUGCCGAUGGAGGAGACGCUGGAAGGUGAUGUUCGCGCUGAACUCGCUGAAGAAGACGAGAAGGAGCCUCCCAUCGCCGGUCGCAAUACACUGGUGCAGGAGUUUGACCAAAUGAUCAAGAAGGAGGAGGACGAGGAAGCGCCUACCCGUAAUGAUAUCCCUUUCCCGCCCUCCACUGCUCGUGAUGUGGCGGUCGAGGUCAUGAAGGUCAAGGAGAACCGGGAUCGAUACCGACUCGAAGGUCGCACUGGUGGUGUAGGCCUCGGCGUCAGCGUGUGCAUGUUCACUUUUCACAAUACCUAUGAUAGUAUCAACUGCCUCGAUUUCUCGGAUGACAAUAUGCUCGUGGCUGCUGGAUUCUCGCAGUCUUACAUUCGUGUCUGGAGCCUCGAUGGGAAAAACAUCGAAGAGGCCCACCCAGAUCUUGACAAGCUGCACGAUCUCCCUCCAUCCAAUUCUCGCCGCCUCAUUGGGCAUUCCGGUCCCGUCUAUGCCGUAGCUUUUGCACCCUCUGCCAGCAAAGCGGAGAAUGUUUCUGACGAGGACCGUGUUCCUACCAACGCUCGCUGGUUGCUCUCUUCUUCAGCUGACAAGACUGUCCGACUGUGGUCUCUCGAUAUGUGGCAGUGCAUGGUCAUCUACAGGGGCCAUGACCGCCCGGUUUGGGAUAUUUCCUGGGGCCCCUUUGGUCACUAUUUCGCUACAGCAGGCGCAGACAAGACUGCCCGUCUCUGGGUGACCGAUCACCCUCGUCAGCAGCGCAUCUUUGUCGGACACGACCAGGAUGUGGAUUGCAUCUGUUUCCAUCCCAACUCUGCAUAUGUUUUUACUGCCAGUUCUGAUCACAGUGUCCGUAUGUGGGCUGUCACCACCGGAAACGCUGUGCGUAUGUUUACCGGCCACACGGGCAACAUCACCGCCAUGGAGUGUAGCCGGGAUGGCAAGCUUUUGGCCUCGGCAGACGACCAAGGGUCCAUCUUCUUGUGGGACUUGGCUCCUGGUCGUCUUCUGAAACGCAUGCGUGGCCAUGGAAAGGGCGGCAUCUGGUCUCUCAGCUGGAGCGUCGAGUCCAGCGUGCUGGUCUCUGGAGGCGCCGACGGCACCGUCCGUGUCUGGGAUGUCUCCGCUCCUCAGGAUUCCACACAAGGCCGCGUGAUCAGCGAGGGAGGCGCCGGUACCAAACUGGAUGGUUCCAGCGCUCCCGCCGCUGGUCAAAGCAAAAAGAAGAAGGGCAAGGACGUCGUGGUUUCUCCCGAUCAAAUUAGUGCCUUCCCUACCAAGAAGAGCCCGGUCUACAAGGUCAAGUUCACCAAUAUGAACUUGGUCGUUGCAGGUGGGGCCUACCUUCCUUAG